UACAUAUACUAACGUCUGCUAAAGAGUGCACAUUUAACCUGUUCAUUCCAUGUCGAUUUUGAUCGAGAGAUAAUACAAUUGAAAAUAGUCUGGUAUUAUUCCUACAAUGUUUAACGGUGUAGGAAGCUUAGAAAUCUUCAGAUUUACAAGAAGGUUCAAGUGAUAUUAAAAGACGAUGCAGAUACUGGUAGUGUAUUUUGUUACAGUGGUCGCACUGGGUAUCGCCGGAGCGGACAACAUCACGUUGUACUACGGCUAUUCUGGUAUCGUGCUCAACUAUAACUACACCCAGGAAUACCUAAAAGAGGACAGCGUACAGCGACGAAAUCUUUCAAGAGACAUCUUUGAAGGUUUCGCAGGGAUUUACACAGAUGAUCGAGUACAAGGAUCUUACAAAAGUAAAUACCACGCCGAGCUUCUAAACAUCACCGCGGAAGGAGUGUAUUUGAGCCAACCUUCAAGACGAUUUUCUGGGAACUUCAGCAAUAUAGAAGAGCAGCGAAAUAAGAAAAAUUUCCAUCCAGAGAGGGGUAUUUUCUUUGUGACCAUCCUGCGGUUUGAGUAUGAUGUGGAGUAUCCAGGUGGAAGUGAGCAGUACGUCACCCAGUUACGUCGUAGCAUCAUCAACACCAUAUGGUACUUCCUGCGCCUCCAACCUCGGCCCAUGUACCUUGGCGGGAAAGUCCACUUGAAUGACACUGCUUUUGUGGCAAAGGAAAUUUUAUCAGAUGAUAUUCACACCAUUCUAGAGAGCCUUCACUACAAGUAUGGCUUCCCUAGCUUUAUCGUGCGCCAAGAGAGGCACGUUCCACAGGCACACCGAAAGAUCCUGUCUAUCAUCUCAUACACUGGCUGCGGGCUGUCUUUGCUUGGACUCACCCUCACUAUCUUGACCAACCUCAUCGCAAGAAAGCUACGUCGUAUGCGAGCCAAUCAGAUUCUGGUUCAUAUGUGCGUGGCGUUGAUUGGCGCACUCCUGCUCUACGUGUUUGGGAUUCAGACUGUAUCACGUGACAUGAGUGACGCAUGCAAGGCCCUGUCCUCUCUGCUACACUACUUCCUGGUAUCGGCCAUGGCGUGGACGAGUGUGGAGGCCUACAACCUCUACCAGGACCUCGUCAAGGUGUUCGACACGUCGCUUCUGACGCAUACGGAGUUCAUGUGUAGAGCGAGCAUAGCGGGCUGGGUCGUUCCUUCUAUCGUCGUGAUCAUAACUGUCGUCUCAGACCAGAACAACUACGGCUUUCACAUAAUUGAAUCGAAUAAUCAGACUUUUUGCUGGAUGCAGCAAGACGCGUUCUACGGAGCUUUUCUCGCCCCAGUCCUUCUCCUCGUAGUGGGCAAUACCGUUGUGUUUGUAUUUGUCAUGCGCGAGAUCUACCGCAUGCCACAUCUUCACGAGAAGCGGUCACGUGUCGCACAAUUCCGCGCCUCGAUCUCAGUCUUCGUGCUGUUUGGCCUCAACUGGGUGUUCGCUGGCCUGGCUGCCACCACCCCCACCCUGGUCAUGCAAUAUUUGUUCACUAUCACGUGCUCGUUCCAGGGCUUCAUGAUCUUCAUCCUGCAUGGGCUAAUGAAGAAGGAUUUCAGGGAGGCAUGGAAGCUAGGGUUUGGAGAAAACCGCGUGACAGAGACCUUUCGAGGCAGCUCUCUCACGCAAAAGACACACUCGACCUCCAUGUCACGCAACUCCCUUGUACAUAACGUUACUGUGACACAUGGAGAGAGAGGGGGCGCGGGAAAUUUUGGAAGUGAGGGACUGGACUCCGGUAUCGACGUCAAACAGAUCACUGGGUGAGACGGCUAAAGGCGGCGAGUUACACAAACUUAGAAUCAGUUAGUAUUAUCAUUGUAGAGACGCAAGGACUAGGUGGAUACUUUAUUUGCUUACAAAUAACGCAUAUAAAAACAGAGGUACAAUAUAGAGAUACAACUGUACGUAUAUAAGAAAAUAUACGCCGGAGCGUUUCGCUUCUCUGUGAGAUCAUCUAUGAAGUCUGAGGAAUAAAAAGGAAACAGACUUUAA